AACCGGGUGGAUAGAGUGUACCGACCAGCCUUGCAGCUUGCUGGACAAACCCGUCUUUGUACGGGAGAUUCCCCUCCCUAUUGCAAUGGGCAGGGCUGGAGCAACGUGGCGCUGUUCGGCCCAGUCAGCUAGCGGAAAAAACCACAAAACUUUUGAGUACUGGAAAUUCAGGAACUUUAGCUUCUUCAUCUUGAUGCUCCGCGAGGAUCCGAUCCUGCCUCUUUCCUGUUUUACGAAGGUGCACUAUUCCGGCGGGUGGUAUUUUAGCGGGUGAAGUAGCAUCCGGCAUACGAACUCCCGAUCCGGUGUUUGUAAGCUCACUUAGCAAGGUCUUCGCCGGGUGCGUGUAGAAGCGGAGGAGCCCCUGGCGUUGGAAUGCGGAAUGUGCCUCCUUUUCAGGCUACGAUCGACGGCUGGAGACCGCUGAACCGCUGGGUUUCCCAAACAGACUUCGUUCCCAUAAACCCUCCGGGAUUCCUGUUUUGCCCGCUCGGUUGGAUUGAGAAACAAACUUUUGAGCUGAACUCUCUUCCAUCGCCAUGGGGCAUGCACUGCUGGUCCUCCUGUUAUCUUCAACCGUUUCACUCAUUGGUGGGCUGAUAUUUGGCUAUGAACUUGGAAUUAUCUCUGGGGCCUUGCUGCAACUGCAAGUGGACUUCCGUCUUAGCUGUUUUGAGCAGGAGGUCCUUGUGAGUUCCUUACUCAUUGGAGCUCUCCUGGCUUCUUUGGUUGGCGGGAUCUUCAUUGACCAUCAGGGGAGACGGAAGGCAAUAUUGCUUAGCAAUGUGGUUUUGCUGUGCGGCAGUCUCAUUCUUACCUUCUCCGGGUCGCUUAUUUGGCUAGUAUGCGGGCGCAUGACUGUAGGGUUUGCCAUCUCUUUGUCAUCAAUGGCAUGCUGCAUAUAUGUCUCUGAAAUGGUGGCUGCCCAUCAACGAGGAGUACUGGUUUCCCUCUAUGAAGCUGGCAUCACCGUGGGCAUCUUACUUUCCUAUGCACUGAAUUACAUCUUUGCGGACACCGGCGAAGGUUGGCGAUACAUGUUUGGCUUGGCGGUUGGCCCGGCAGCCAUUCAGUUUCUGUCCAUCCUCUUCCUCCCAAAGAACUCAGUGAAGCUAAAUGUCUGCUACAGCGAGACUAGCAAAAGCCUCAUUCAUCAACAAAAAAAUGAAGAUGGUGAAGAUGUAAUGCUGCCACCUGGCCCUAGGGAGAAGAGUUAUUCUUUUGCAGACCUUUUCAGGUCAAUGGACAACAUGAGAAGUCGGACCCUGGUUGGCCUGGGGCUGGUGCUCUUCCAGCAAUUCACAGGGCAGCCCAACAUCCUUUGCUAUGCUUCCACAAUCUUCCGCUCUGUGGGCUUUCAGAGUGAUUCCUCUGCUGUCCUGGCUUCUGUUGGCCUGGGAGUGAUGAAGGUUAUUGCAACUGUUGUUGCAAUGGCUUUUGCAGAUAAGGCUGGCAGGAGAGUGCUGUUGAUGGCUGGGUGCAUGGUGAUGGCCUUUUCAGUGACUGCUAUUGGCCUGACCAGCUGCUCCAUUCCUUUAGAGAUGGUCAAAGACUGUGAAAGAUUCCCAGGGUCAAAUGCCACUUCAUUCAACUUAGCUCAUCACCCCACAAAGUUGGUGUCCUCCCAGCCAGCUGUAUCCUACUCUCUGCUGGCAUCAGGUGCUAAUGAAAUGCAAACGGAAUCGACUUUUGCUAUUAUAAGGCCAGCAGGCUCUAUCAGGACAGGUGCCACAAAUAAAAAUGGAGAGAGAAUGGCAAACACUCUGCACACCAAGCAGGCCCACUUUCUCAAUCAGUCCACUGAAGGAAAGGAGCCAAGUACCACCUCAUUUGUGGGUGAUGCACCUUCCAAGGAACACAUGCUUCUAAACUGGAUUACGUUGCUAAGUUUGAUGGCUUUUGUGAGUGCAUUCUCAAUUGGAUUUGGACCAAUGACAUGGCUUGUCCUCAGUGAGAUCUACCCCGCCAGCAUACGAGGAAGAGCCUUCGCCUUCUGCAACAGUUUCAACUGGGCUGCCAAUCUGCUAAUCAGUCUCACUUUCCUUGACCUCAUUGAUGCUAUAGGUUUAUCGUGGAUGUUCCUUCUCUAUGGACUGGUGGGAGCAGUGGCUGUUCUGUUUGUUUACCUUUUUGUACCAGAAACCAAAGGACAGUCUCUAGAAGAGAUAGACCAGCAGUUCUCAAAGAAACGGUUGCUACAAAGAAACACAUUUUGGCAAAAAUUGUGGAACAGACAAGAAAUCCGAGCACGUGCUCAGUACCAAAGAGUGCAUCAUCGUAGUGCCCCCUGAGAGAGAAGCCAUUCAUGCUGCCACUUACGAAGAGGCAGUGCCAUUAGUAUAUCAGGUUACUUAAUUUCUACACUGUUGGAAGAGUUAUGAUGGCUUGCCCAAAGGAAGAGUGCUGGACCAUUCCAUGAAAGCCCUGCCGUUCACAUGGGUGACAGCCCAGUUUUGUGUUUGUCAUGCAUAGAAUCUAGAUAGAGCUCAUGUUCUCCUAGUAGUUCACAAAGAAGACUUUUUUAAAAACAAAAAAACCCUGGUAAAUAAAGUAUAAAUUAUGACAA